AUGACUUUUGAAGACAUUAUUGCUCCUAGGAAGUUCUGCACUCAAGAAUCGUGGCGUGGCUUCCGACGGUCUGAAGCUGAUCAUACCUUGUUCACACUCCAAAGUGACCUUGUCAUUGUCGUUGUUCUGAUAUAUGUCGAUGACAUCAUUGUUUCUGGUGACAAAAAGGACGGUAUUCGCGAUACUAAGCACUUCCUUAAGUCUGUAUUUGAUAUUAAAGAUCUUGGGGAGAUGAAAUACUUCCUUGGGAUCGAAAUAUGUCGUUCUCCAGAGGGUUUAUUUCUAUCACAGAGAAAGUAUACUCUAGAUCUUUUGGCUGAAACAGGAAAACUUGGUGCUAAACCUGCUCUCACACCACUUGAUGAGGGAUACCAGCUCAAACGAAAGGGGGAGAAGGUGCCGGGAAAACCGCUUGACCUGAUCGAUGAGCCAUAUGAGGAUGUCACAAGAUAUAGGAGACUAGUUAGUCAGUUCAUGAAGGCUCCAACCAAGUAUCAUUGGAGCAUGGUGGAAAGAAAUCAAAGCUAUCUCAUGGGAAGCCCGAGCCAAGGCAUUUGGAUGGGAAAGAACUCAAGCACCGAGAUCGUUGGCUACUGCAACGCAGAUUAUGCAGAGAACACAAUGGAUAGAAGAUCAACCACUAGAUAUUGCACGUUCAUAGGAGGGAACUUGGUUACAUGGAAAUCAAAGAAACAAAAGGUGGUCUUAUGUUCGAGUGCGGAAGCGGAAUACAGAGCUAUGAGGAAGCUAUAA